CAAACACACACACAGUCAAUGAGAAAAGGGCUUUGAGUCGAAGGGACGCAGAGAUCUCAGGUAACCCCCCCUCAAGUCUGCCUCUAAACAAGGACGAACAGAAGAGGGAAAAAAGACAAAAGAAGGAGAAAAGAAACGCGUUUUGAUGAAUAAGGAUUUUUCGAGUAUUCGGAUACACGCUGGGGAUAUCUGGAGAAAAGAAGAAAAACACUGCACUAUCACAGAGGACAAUUUUCUUCUGCGCUUGACGAGGAAAAAAGUGGGCAUUUUCGGACGGAGAUGAAGACGAAAAAGGGUUUGAUGAUGCUGUCAGGGAGUGAGACAGAUGACGAGGACAGCGUGGACGCCCCUCUGGAUCUGUCGUCCAGCACGGGGAGCAACGGGAAGAGGAAACGGCGGGGGAACCUGCCCAAGGAGUCCGUUCAGAUCCUCAGGGACUGGUUGUACGAGCACCGUUACAAUGCUUACCCCUCUGAGCAGGAGAAAGCCCUCCUGUCCAAGCAGACUCAGCUCUCCACACUGCAGGUGUGUAACUGGUUCAUUAAUGCACGGCGGCGACUUCUCCCGGAGAUGCUGAGGAAAGAUGGCAAAGAUCCCAACCAGUUCACCAUAUCCAGGAAAGGUAGCAAGGCUGGCGACAGCUUCUCUGACAGCUCCCAGUCCCCGAAACACAGCAGCCCCGCAGCCAGUACAGAGGAGAGCUAUGACAAACGUGUUCUCCACCCCUCCAGCUUUGAACCCGCCAUGCCCAGCGUCCUAAGAAAGGCGCUGUCCCCCUCCGUACCCUCUCCAACCUCCACGUCCCCCUCCCCGGGGCUCAUGCCCACCCGCCCUUCUGUCAUCUGUCACACCACUGUCACCGCAGCAAUGCAGGCCAGCCCGACAGCCUCCCACCCACCCAUACCGGGAAUGAACUGCGACAGGGCAGCUGCCGAGCUGUUGCAGUCUGCGCAGGCGCUGCUCAGGUGCCAGGAUGAAGGGCUGGGCAGCCAGCCGCUCCCCGCCGCCACCACCAUCCUCAGCAGCGCCGGCAUGGAGGGCAACCUGAGCCCCCGCAGCGGGCUGUUCAACACCCCUCCCCCCACCCCUCCAGACCUCACACAAGACUUCAGCGGCUUCCAGCUCCUGGUGGACGUGGCCCUCAAACGGGCCGCAGAGAUGGAGCUGCAAGCCAAACAGCUGGUCUCCUAAAGGGAGAAAGUGACAGAAGAGGAAGAGGAGGCAAUGGAGACUGACUUUGUGUCUCGGCUUUGGAACUCCUCUGAGUUCAGUGACUUGUCUGCACGCAACAGAGAACAAAUCCACAUGAAAAGCCUGAUCAUUUCUAUUUUUGGUAUACCAAUCAAAUUGAUGAGGAUGUUUUUUUUAUUGAUAAAAAAAAAACUGUAUUGAGGUGCCUUGGCUGUCAGUUGUUUAUUCAUUUCAUAUACAUGCGUAUGUAUCUACAUGUGUAUCUUAUUUGCACACAGGGACCAAAAAUGUUAUCAGAGAAAUGCUGCCUGUCUUAUGUCUUUCCAUUAUACUGUAUAUCAUUGUAGAGAAUGGAGCAAGAGCUAGAAUCAGCCCUCCUUCAAACUGACCAAUCAGACGGAUUGGUUGCAUCCACACACGUUUACUGUUUUACAUUUCAGAGAUCAGUUCAUGAUUGGUCUGCCUCGUUUGUUUGCACACUAAAGGCAGAGGAAGGUCAUCUCAGUGUCUUAAACAUACUUUGCUCUUGGCAUCUAUGACAAACUUAUUCACUACUGUAGUAAAUGUUAUGUGUUUUCAUGAGUAUGAGUAUAGUUUUGAUUUUGUAAUUUACUUUUACUUUUAGCUAUUUUUAAAAGAAAAAACUUCUAUGCUUUUUUUUUUACUCUUUUUUCCCACCAAGGGAUAUUUCAGAUGACCAAUGUAGCAGGUUCUUAGUCUGAGCCUUCAUCCCAUCACUCAGCGAAAACGACGGCCAGUGGACUGGAAAAUUAAAACACUACAGAUGUCUUUUCUGCAUUUGCUGUUUUACAAACAUGACAAAGACAGCAUUUUUUGAAAUCACCAAAAAAAACAUUUUCAUGUAUUAUAGGACCAUGUGUAUAGUUAAUGUGACAUGAUGCCCAAUGAUGUGAUUUCUUUUCAUACUGUGCAAUGUUUGUGGCAAAUAGGGGUCACAUGGGAUUCAAAUAAAGUUUUGUUUUUCUACA